CGAUAAUGAGGGCAACAUAGACUAUGUGCGAUUUGUCAACAUGAUGUCCACUACAUGAAGUGCUAAGCAGGCGUUGCAUAUUAAGACCCUGACUUUUCAUUUUCAAAUCAGUUUCGAUGUCUGAGUUAACGGAGGAGCAGAUUGCCGAGUUCAAGGACGCCUUCGCCCAAUUCGAUAAGGAUGCUACAGGAAAGAUCGCUACCCGUGAGUUGGGUACCUUGAUGCGUACCUUGGGUCAGAAUCCCACCGAGGCGGAGUUGCAGGAUCUGAUAGCCGAUGCCGACAACAACAGCGAUGGGCAAUUGGACUUUAGUGAGUUCUGCGCGAUCAUGGCCAAGCAAAUGCGGGAAACCGAUACCGAGGAGGAGAUGCGCGAGGCCUUCAAGAUCUUCGAUCGCGAUGGAGACGGCUUUAUUUCACCAGCUGAACUCCGUUUUGUUAUGAUAAAUCUCGGCGAAAAGGUCACCGAUGAGGAAAUUGAUGAAAUGAUCCGUGAGGCUGAUUUCGAUGGGGAUGGUAUGAUUAACUACGAGGAAUUCGUUUGGAUGAUCAGCCAGAAAUAGAAGGCUGGUUUCUAAUGUCACAUGAAUAAAAUAAUAAAUGGGGUCACUGCAAAUAAAA